AUGGACGAGGAUGUUGAUCUUCCCUUGUCGCCAGGCUCCCUAAAAACCCCAAUUCCCUCAAUGGUUUCUUCUCCUCCACCUUUGCCAUCAGAUGAUUCCCCUCCUUUAUUAAGCUUGAACGCGAUGUCAGGAAUGCCAGCCCCUGAAACAUUUCACGCCUAUGGCACCAUCCACCACCACAAGAUCACCAUUCUUGUCGAUGGUGGCAGUACACACAAUUUUGUGAAAUUGCGCGUGCCCAAGUUUCUCGAUCUUUCAUCCACACCAAUAGACCCUCUACUAGUCAUGGUUGGUCAUGGAGGCGUCAUGCAGUGCUGGCUCCGCUAUCCUCAGGUCUCCAUUGCCAUUCAAGGACAUCAAUUCACCACAUACCUUUUUGGUUUACCCUUGAGUGGCGCUGACAUAGUAUUAGGCGUCCAAUGGCUUAAGGAUUUGGGCCCAGUGACUACUGACUACACCUUUCUCUCUAUGUUCUUCACUCAUUUGGGUCGUCCUAUUCACCUGGUUGCAAACAUUCCCCUCAGGCCACCCACUACUUCAGCCCACCAGCUUAAACGCAUGAUGCAUUCCCAGGCCGUUUCGGCCCUCUUCCAUAUAGCACCACCUACCUCACCUUCCCAAACAACUUCACCUUCCUUAGUUCCCAACAACCAUCCCCCACCUUCAGAACUCACCACCCUUCUUGCCAAGUUUCAUAAAUUAUUUAGCGAAUCAUCCCAACUUCCACCUGUUCGUCCCAUCUCCCACCACAUACACCUUUCUUCGACUCCAAACCCAUCACAGUUAAACCAUAUCGCCCCUUCCCCACUGGUGCUUUUAGUAAAGAAAAAGGACGGUAGCUGGCGUUGUUGCAUUGAUUAUCGGGAUCUCAAUGCUAUUACCAUCAAGCACCGAUUUCCUAUGCCCACCAUUGAUGAACUCCUCGACGAGCUUGGAGUUGCAUCGUGUUUUUCUAAAAUGGAUAUGCGCAAGGGCUUUCAUCAAAUACGCAUGGCGGAGGAAGACAUUCAUAAGACAACUUUUUGGACUCACCAAGGCCAUUACGAAUAUUGCGUAAUGCCUUUUGGGCUCUCGAAGCUAUUGGGCUAUGAUUACACUAUCCAAUAUCGUUUCGGUUCCGGCAACGUGGCUGCCGACGCCCUCUCGUGGAUCGUUCCACAAGGCCAGUGCUUAAUUCUUUCCAUUCCCAACCUCGACUGUUUGGAAGACAUUAAGCUCUUUGUUCUCCAAUCCUUGGUCUACCGUGACUUACUACACAAGAUUCGUCAGCAGCCAGAAUCUCACUCUGACUACUCAAUCCAUUCCCCUGCUUUUGGCAGAAUUCUACUCUACCCCACUGGGAGGCCAUAUGGGUAG